AGAAGUGUCCAUACACACACCGGAGCGCCGGCGUUUCGUGCAGCGAAAGUCAACAGUCAAAACCCCUAACCCCUUUGUCGUUGGGUCUAGCUGCGUCUCUCUUUCACGUAGGAAGGAGAAAAAGAACGCAAGUCCCCCAAAGUGAUCGGAGCCUCGGAGCUGCAGAAGUUGCUGCUCUCUGUUUCGAUGGUCGCCACAUGAUGGCGGAAUUCGGUUUUCGAGCUUAAAAUUCUGAUGGGGUUUUUAGUGACGGGACUGCGAGUUCUGGAAGCCAUGGCAUCGAAGUUGCUUCAAUUGCAGAAGAUGGCAGCUCAGGCGACUCAAUAUGCUUCGAAGCAUGGGAAUGCCUACUACAAGCAGUUGAUGGAGCAGAACAAGCAAUAUGUUCAGGAGCCGCCCAGUGUGGAAAAGUGCCAACUGUUAUCCAACCAAUUGCUUUACACUCGUCUUGCCAGCAUCCCUGGGAGACGUGAGGCAUUUUGGAAGGAAGUAGAUUACCUCAAGCAACUAUGGAAGAACAAGCAGGAGCUGAACAUUGAGAAAGCUGGCAUAGCUGCUUUGUUUGGUUUUGAGUGUUUUGCCUGGUACUGUGCUGGUGAGAUUAUUGGAAGAGGGUUUACAAUCACAGGGUAUUAUGUCUGAGAGAAAUUGCUUUGGUAAUAAAGGAUCCACUACUUCCUGUUUAGAUUUCCAUAAGUGGGUGAGUGAGGUCACCGUAAGGGUCCCCAGUGCGAGAUUUUUCCUUUAUGUACUUUGAGCUUCAGUAUAGACGAAUCUUUGCUGUGGCACUAACCCAUAACUGCAGUCUUAUGUACUUCCCAUCUCAAAUUCAGUUGAUUCAUUUCUUUGUUUUC